GAGCCAGCCCAGAUGGACCUGGCUGCGGCAGGAUAGGCGGCCCCGGCUCGGAGCCUCCCUGCGGGCGAGCUGGGACAUGACUCUGGGCGCUCCUCGGCCCCCGGCUCCGCGCGGCAGACGCAGCCAGCAGGAAGUUUGCUCGGGUGCAGCGGCGGCCGGGCGCUCCCCCCAUGCACACGCACAGCCCCCGGCUCCGCAGCGGUGCCCAGGAAGCGCCCCGCACCGGCCCCACCAUGGACUCUAGCUGGGGCCGGCAGAGCAGCCCGGAGCUGGGCAGGGGAAAGCGGCUGAGCGUCGGGGAGCUGCGCUCGUUCUUCGAGGCUCACUGCGCCGCUGCCGCAAGGGAGCUGCCGGACCCGGCCAAGAGGAGCUGCCGCCCCCCAAACGGGCUGCUGCCGCCUGUCAUCCCGCAGCUGACGGUCACCCCCGAGGAGAGCGAGGAGGCGCAGGGCAGCCCCAAAGGGCUCCCGCCGGACCCCGAGAGCGGCUGGCUGGGGACGGGCAGCUCGCUGCACCUGCUGCAGUCCCGCCGGCUCUCCAACUCCUCGCUGUCCUCCACCGGCUCCUCGUCCGUCUUGGAGGACUCCGAGGACGACCUGCUGAGCGACACGGAGGGUAGGAGCCAGGGCAUCGUGCACCUGGAGCACGGGGAGGACACCAACCAGAAAAAAUCAUGGCAUACAAUUAAAACGAUGGUCAACUUGCCAGUCAUCAGCCCCUUCAAGAAGCGCUAUUCAUGGGUGCAGCUGGCUGGGCACACAGGGAGUUUCAAGGCAGCUGACAGCGAUACGAUUCUGAAGCGCUUCUCUGAGAAUGAAAAGGAGUGCUUUGAGCUGCUGAUGAAAGAUCCUCUGCGCUCCUGUGUCCCUGCCUUCCAUGGGGUGGUAGAGAGAGAUGGCGAGAAAUACAUUCAACUGGAUGACUUGCUCGCUGACUUUGAAGGGCCUUGUGUCAUGGACUGUAAGAUGGGGAUCAGGACAUACCUGGAAGAGGAGCUGACUAAAGCCCGUGAGAAGCCAAAGCUGCGUAAGGACAUGUACAAGAAGAUGAUUGAGGUGGAUCCUCUUGCGCCCACAGCUGAGGAGAACAUGCAGCAUGCUGUGACCAAGCCACGUUACAUGCAGUGGAGAGAGACCAUCAGCUCCAGUGCCAACUUGGGCUUCAGGAUAGAAGGGAUUAAGAGGGCUGAUGGGACUUGUAACACAAACUUCAAAACAACUAAGACACGGGAGCAAGUUUUCCAGGUUUUUAUGGAAUUCAUUGAGGGCAACACAACUAUUCUGAAAAAAUACCUCAAGCGUCUGCAUGAUAUCCACCUCAUCCUCGAGUCCUCAGACUUCUUUAAACGACAUGAGGUCAUUGGAAGUUCACUACUUUUUGUGCAUGAUGACAGCGGACAUGCCAAUGUAUGGCUGAUUGAUUUUGGAAAGACCACGCUUCUCCCUGAUGGGCAGACCUUGGACCACAGGAUCCCCUGGCAGGAAGGCAACCGGGAGGAUGGGUACCUGCUGGGAUUGGACAAUUUGAUUAGUAUCUUAGACAGCAUCACUGAAAGAUGAGAAGAGACUCGCACAAACUCAUGGGGCUGCUUUGUAACCUUCCACUCUACUGGGAUCUCUCCAUUAGAGGGGAACUCCUUUAACUCCCUCCAAACUCCUGGGGUUAUUGCAGUGCAAAUAGAGCUGCUUUCAGAGCCAGACUGUUCAUGAUCAAAGUGACUGCAUUGGCCAUCCAUGAACCAGAGUGACUCAGGAUUGUCUUUAGUGAAUCAGAUUAACCUCGGAUUAGUCCUCAGUGAAUCAGGGUCUCCAAACUCAGGAACCAAACCAGCAUGAAUCCAAGAGGUUUGUACAGUAAAUUGGAGUGACUCUGAUUUCAGGUGAACCAAAGUGACUCUAGAUUACCCUUUAGUGAACCAGAGUAAAUGGCAGUUUGUGUGAGAGCAUGGGGAGAGUUGAGCAGAAUCUCCACUGGAUAGCAUUGCUUUGAAAACAGGAGUGUUUGCUCCCUAACCCCAAGUCCCUAGGCUGCCAUGUAUGUUACAGAUUAGGCAAGGCCAGCCCCAGCUGUUAUAUUACAUUACAAGAGUGUGCAAGAUGAGAACUUGCCCAGGAACAAGGCCCAGAAAACAUGGGGAGAAGGGUGAUUAUAGUUCAUGGCAGUGGUCGGUUUAGUGUCUGCAAAGGACAGCUGCUGUUGACAUUUUCUCUGACUCCCUGCCCUGGCCUAUCUUUUCUAUCUAAGAACAUUCAUAACUAUUUUCAGGUAGUUCCUAAUGAGGCCAUAGAUAACCCGUUAAGUAAAUAGCACCAGUUGUCUCUAGCACCAUGUGACUUUCAAACUGUGUAUGGGAUUGGAGAGGCUGGUGACGUGGUAGGGCUUGCUCUUGCAGCUGGACAGCAUUUGUGAAGGUCAAUGGCAUCUCUCUGUAGCAGGUGGGUUGGGGGACAAACUUUAUUUUUCAAGGACUUAGUUAUUUUAGAGAAAAAACCAAAUCCAUCUAAAUACUAGCAAGCCAGUUAGCAACAUGCCAUUUUACACCAAGGCUUAGACGUUCCAUCUUUUUGCUUGUGGGUCAGAUUUCCUAGUGGUGCCAUGUUCUUUUUUUUUUUUUGCCACACCUAAAGUGUCAGGGCAGAGGCUGAGUGGAUCAGAAAGGAAUUGUAUCCCCAUAGACAGCAUUACACUGUUGGCUAUAUUUAUUAUGGGCAUUCUUCCUUGGAAGCAUGAGGUAUUCACCACUUUUGAAAGCAAGGUAUUACAUUAGCUAGACUAGAGGUCUGAUUGCUGUGCCAUUUCCCCUGAUUGAGGCCCCUAGGUGCUACCACAAUACAAAUUAACAUUUCUGUGCUCAUCCCAUAUCCAGAUAUCUGACAAUGUAGUUUCCAAGUUGGAGCCAUCAGCCAUGUAACAAGACCAUGCAGUCAUUAAAAUCACUUGCUUUUAGAAGUUAAAAGAUGUUUAAGCAAUCUCAGUUGAUCAGAAAUCACACUUUUGCCAAUACAACCGCAGUCAAAAGAAACUUCAGAAAUUUUGGAAUAACUGAAAAUAGUUCCUUGCUUCUGUCGGGAAUCACUACACCAAUGAUCACUGCAAAAUGAGAUAAAUGAGACUGUACAAUUCUUGUUUGGUGCUAAAUGUACAUGUAAUGGUUGUAUUAAGGGUUGAGGAGCCUAGGAUAACUUCUAAAGGAAGCAACUUUGGUUCAUGUACUCUAGUUGGAGCCCAGUCAGUCUUGAUAACCUCAGUUAUUUUUCACCUACAUUAAAGAAAGCAUUGAUGUUCAUAGUGCUGACCAUGCCAAUAGUGACCUAGAAGAUCAGUUAUACAAGGUACUACUACAAGGUACUACCACGGAAGCAAUUGAAAUAGAGCAGUGUGAAUAUUUUACACCAAAACUGAAAUUGCUCAAAAUCUGAAAUUUGUUUUUAUAUUUCAUUGAAAAUUCAAAACUUUCUCUCUGUGAAUCGUUUGGGGUUUAUAUUCAGUGAAAAUGGCCCUGGUUUUGAGCUGAAAAGGUACAAGUUCGCUUGAAAUAGGACAUGACUUACAGAAAAUGUAGGCACCUUUUCAAGCAAAUGCAGUGUUUGGUAGAAAGCAUGCAUGGUUUUAUUCCAAAUGCCCCUAAGUUGUGAAAUAUUCUAAAACAGCAAAAUGACCUGCAGUGAAAUUUGCCAAAAAUAUGGUGAAAAUGUUUUCCUACUUUCCCAUAGCCCUAAUAAAAACAACCCUGCUUGCAGUGAUUCAAGAGAAUGGGUAAUAGACUAGAAAACACAAAUUGUUCUUUACAGCUUGAAUCUGAGUUCUUACAGGGGAUAAUUAGAUGAGAAAACCCCUGGCCUUUAGUAUAUGAUUGUUACUUCAGGCAGUCCUGUCAGGGACAAAAAAUAAUAAAAUCACAGAAGUUAGAGAUGGUCAUGCAGCAAUUCUCCCUGCAAGUGCAAAAUUAGUACUUAAGGUUCAUCUAACAACUUUGUCCUGUCUAAUUUUAAUGGGCAGUCAGGGUUAAAUUUCUUUCUUUCGUGAUUACAUAUGCCAGCAUUCUGCACUCAUGCAAUCUCAUGCUCUAGGGAAAAAAUGGUGACGAAUUUCCUUUGAGCAGAAUUUAGAAACAAAGAUCUAUCUGGGACUCAUGUCAAGUCCAUUCAGUUCUACAGUUCCAAAUGGAAGUCGGAGGCAACACGGAAGCAAUGGCUCCAAAACCAGCAGUGCUCUUAUUUGAAAAGGUAUUUUGCAGUAGACAAUCUCAGGGGAAAGUGCUCUGUCAUGGAAAGGGAUCCAUUCCUGUGCGCUUGUUGGAGAGGACAGCAGAAAGAGAAACUUUAUUACAAGAGACAUAGAGCUGUGAAACUUGGUCCAUUUCAAAACGAUAGUUGUAGCAAAGUCGUUUUGAAGUGGCUUUUUGGCCUAUACCAGAACUAGUUUGAAGGAAGCUACAGUCCAUCUCCUACUUGCUGGUAGUCAGCUGUGGAGUCAGUUAUAUGAAAGAAGAAAGGGGAGGGAGUUUUGUACAGCAAUUAGAACAUGGAACUGGGAGCCAGGACUCCUAGACUAUUUCCUGUCUCUGCCAUUUACUUGCUUUGUACUCAUGGGCAAAUUUCCUCUGCCUCAGUUUUCCCAUCUGUAAAAUGGGAACAAUAAUACUUACCUACCUCACAGGGAUGUUGUGAGGCUUCAUUAAUUAUUGUUCAUAGGGUGCUCUGAGAUCCUGGGAGGGAAGAUGCAGUAUAGAGAAAUGCAAAGAAAUAGUUCAGCUGAAUUAAAAACAACUGAUUUUUUUUGUCCAUCCUUGAAGGAUGCAAGUUCAGAUGAAACUCAGCCCAAGAAGUACAAAUUGAAAUCUCUUUUAUAAUGUUAUACAGAGGAAGUAGUCACUUUGGGUUUGAUCCAAUUCCUAUUGAAGUAAAUGAAAAGACUUCACUGGGAGUUGGACCAAACCCUUAAACAAUUCAGAGGGCCCUUGCUUAUUUUUUGUAUUAUUAUUACCACUGUUUGUUAUUAUCAAGAUACUGAGAGCUAAUGGCCUGUAUCCUCUACAGUGCAUCCUGUUCUGAACACUACAAUGCAAUUAUGACCAAGGUCAUUUUUGACAUUCUGACUGUAUCGUUUAAGUACUUGUUAUUUCAAGGUGUGUAUGUUACCAAAUAAAUGAGUUUGGGGGGGAAAAAAGCCAUCCAACAUGGUUUGAUA